AUGGUCGACCUCGGUUCUGAGAUCUUCGACAUCGGUGGAAAGCAUCCAUUAGUUGAAGUACAACAUAUCAUUGAGAAUGCAAUCAUUAUGCUCGAUACCAAUCAUAAAGACACAGUUCCCGAAAGUAUCUUUUUAAUGGGCGGUGUCCAAAACGCAGAAUAUGAAAAAUUGAACGAUGCUCUCACAGAUUGGAGGCUUUCUCCUUCAAUAAUUGGCCCAAGCUGUGAAAUAAUAUCGUCUCAACGUCUACGAACAUUCAUUGAGAAGAUCAAAUACCACAAUUUGUGCAUAAAUUUCAUUGAAAACUCCAUUUCCGUUGGUGAUAUUAUCGAUUCGACUUGGAUAUCUGAUGUUUCCAUCGUCUGCGACAAGACAUUAACGCCACCUCUGACUGCAAUUUGUCAAUACUUCGGAAAAGAUUCUCAAAUGGAUAAGGAUCGGGUGUCUAGUCCAACAGUCAUCUACAUUUUCAAUUUUUCACGCGACGAACCACAUGCGUUCAUUUGUCCAACUCGUGAUCCAUCUCCAUUCGUUCUUAACAUUAUCCACAAAAUCAACGUGAAAGUUGACGAAAAGUCACCUAGCACAAAUCUUUUCGUUAAUCUUAUUGAUCAUGUAAUCCAUGAUUUAAUUCCACAGAUCAGAGAUCAAUAG